UGAAAGAAUCUCUCUAGCAGCUUUUAAAAAAGCCAUCAUCCACUCACUCUAUGCAAACCCUAGUUAUCCAUGUCUUGCUUGAGAUUGAGGCUUCCACCAGCCAGAAGGGCCUGGAAGAGCUUCACUUCCAAACUACAGAGAAAACUCCAAAAGCCUAAAGGCAUCGCGAAACCCGGAAAAAAUCGAGUCAAGGCCAUUACUGCUGCCGCUUCAUCUUCUGCUUCUGCUUUUGCUUUUUCUUCUGUUGGACUGAAAUCCUACAAGUUUCUCCAGGUGCGUUUUAAACGCAAGGGGCGUCGCUACAAGCACCGCCAGCUUCUUCAGAACCGUGGUAGUGAUGCGCAUGUCUACGUUGACAAGCUUUUUAAAGAGCCUGCUGUGACUGAGCUGGUGAGGAGUUCUGAGCCUCCGGUAGCGAAGUGCAAGCAAGCUACCACUGCCGCCGCGGGUGCUGAAAGUGGGGCUGAGAGAGGAUGUUCUGCGACGGCGGAUGAUAUGUGGGAGUCAUUGGGAUUUGCUUCCCCAAUGAUGCAUGGGAUUGAUGAAAGAGCUGAGGAGUUCAUAGCCAAGUUUAGAAGGGACAUGGCGGUUCAGGAGAAGUUGGCACGUGAUCAUUUGUAGCAUAAGCUUUUCUUGUUUAAUUAGAUUAAGAAAUAUAUACAUGAUGUAAAUUUGUAAAUUAAGUGUGAUUAAUUAUUCUGAAAAUAAUUUGUUUCGCAUGAAUUUCUGUUAUAUUUAUUGGCUUCAAUGAGGGAAAAAAAAAAAAACACGAGUGGGUAGAAGAGGAAGAACAGGAUGAAGCUUUUGCAGCUUUUCCACAAGCAUGACUUGGAUGGGGGAAGUUAUUGGCCGUGCUGAGACAAAUAAGGGAUAGAUUUCCAUCUUGCUUGUGGAAGAGCAGAGUUUAUAUAUGAUUGUAUGCAAGAAUUCAAUUGUGUGAUGAAAAAUAUAGAAAGACAUAUUUAUUUGUA